AUGUAUAUGUACCUUCUUGAUCUACCUACUGAGGUGCUCGUCAUCGUCACAGAAGCCCUCGGCAAAGCAUCAGAUAUGAACGCCUUCGUCCGAACGAGUCGCACGGCUUACAUCCGCCUCAACCACGUCCUCUACAACUUCGAUGUUCAGAGAAGAGGUGGAAAAGUCUUGGUAUGGGCCGCGCAGAAGAACAACCCACAUACCGCCAAAAAGUCCCUCCAGGCGGGCAUUAAAUCACUAAAUGGAUGGUUUCAGAGACCACUUAUGAUUAUGUCACGCUCUGGCUACACCGACAUGGUGCGAUUGUUAUUGGACGAAGGUGUUGAUCCGGAAACCAUAUUAUAUCCAGGCUCUCAAAUUGCAACGACUGCUUUAUACAUAGCAGCUAGCCAUGGCCAUGAUGCUAUUGUCCAGCUCCUGAUCGAAAAGGGCGCGAACGUCAAUCUCGAGAAAUCUCUUGGGCAACCGUUGGUGGUCGCUGUGAGUCAUAAUAGGAAGACUGUAGUCAGGAUUUUACUUGAGAAAGGUGCGGAUCCUAACGCCCGGCGAUAUGAUAAUAUGCCGGCGCUUUGCAUUGCAGUGACGAAGGGAUUUACGGAGAUUGUCGAGAUGCUACUGGACAUGGGUGCGCUUACAGAUCUGGGCGGUUCCUGGAUCCGUACUCCACUUCAAGAAGCAGUAAGGAAAAACCGCUUCAAAAUUACCCGGCUCUUGCUACAAAAAGGAGCAGAAGCAAAUGUGGGGUCCCAGACCUAUCGUGAUCUCCCGCCUCUGUUCAUGGCCGUGGCCGACGGCUAUGAGCGGCUACUGGGUCUGCUUUUGAAACACGGGGCGAACCCAAACGCUUGGAAUUCCUUGCCUCUGCAUCUUGCCAUAAUUGACAACAAGAUAGCCAUGGUCCGGUUGCUUCUCGCUCAUGGUGCCGAAGUCAAUCGCAAAGAUUCAGAGGGCCAAACCCCUUUGUGCUAUGCUAUUUACCAGCGCUAUGACCAUAUCGUCGAACUUCUGUUGCUUUACGAUGUCGACCCAGACGCCGAAACUCACGACGGCAUAACGCCAUUGAAGUUAGCCAACCAUUACAACAGGGAGGACUGGGUGCAAAAACUGAGUCAAAAGCGUGACGAACGCAAGUCAUCGCCCCCAUAG